ACGGCUGAAGUGUAAAUGCUUUGAGCAUGACAAAGCAAUGGCCAGGCUGCGAUGGCGACAUCCAAACGGCAUCAAAAGCGGUUUGCGGGACAGUCCCUUCUGCGAUAUAUAAGGAGCACGCGAGAAUCCACGAAUUGCUGCAUCUAUCACUUUCCAACAAUCACACCAUUUUCAACCACCAACUCCAGAACCGCUCUAAACAGUAACUGACCCUCUCCACAUUCCCCUUAUAUUCAAGCCCCACAUCCGCGGCAACUGGGAUACCGGCGGUUCUCCAGACUUAAUUGUACUCACAGUCAUCAGCAUCAAACCCCCAUCGAAAAAGCAAAAUGGCUGUAAAGGUUGCCAUCGCUGGUGGAACGGGAAACCUUGGUCCUGCCAUCGUCUAUGCCUUGUUGAACGCCGGCUACCAUGUGACGGUUCUCACCCGCAAGGGCAGCAACAGCGCUUCCAAACUCCCCAAACAUGACAACAUCUCAGUCGCCGAGGUAGACUACUCGUCCGUAGAAUCUCUGACCGAAGCCCUCAAGGGCCACAAGGUCGUUGUCUCAACCGUGGGCACUGAGCUGCUGGGCGGCCAGGAUCCAUUGAUCGACGCUGCCAUCGCUGCGGGCGUGACAAGAUUCCUCCCGUCCGAGUUUGGCAGUAACACGCCCAACCCGAAGAGCUCGCAGCUUCCGGUAUUCCAAGCCAAGGUCAAGACGCAGAAGUACUUGAAGGAGAAAGCCGCGCAGAACCCCAACUUCAGCUACACGCUUGUCAUCAACGGGCCCUUCUUCGACUGGGGCAUCCAGGUCGGCUUCGUUGCCAACCCAGCCAAGCACGCCAUCACAGUGUACAAUGGAGGCGACAUUCCUUUCAGCGCAACUAACCUCGAUACCAUUGGCCAAGGUGUUGUGGGCGUCAUUGAGCACCUCGACGAGACCAAAAACCGUGCCGUGUACAUUCAAAGCACGGCCACGACCCAGAAUCAAUUGAUCGCCUAUGGCAAGGAGAAGGACGGCAAGGACUGGGACGUCACGCCCAAGGACACUAAGCAGGUGUACAAGGAGUCUCUGACCGAGCUGCAAAAGGGCGCCGAUGGUAACAUUGGAGCCGCCAUGAUCGGCUUCAUUUUCACUUCAGUUUUCGAGGAGGGCUAUGGUGGUAAUUGGUCUGACAAGACGGAUAAUGAGCUACUGGGCCUCAAGAGCUUGAGUGACAGUGAUGUCAAAGCGCUCGUGCAGGGUCUCUUGCCGUCCAGCUCGGCGCUGUAAUGGCUUGAUACAUCAGCAGCGCGAGGUUCAGCAAGUUAGAUAGGACAUGAGGGAAAACAGUCUCAUCAUGGAUUCAAAUUAUCAUUGUGGCUCUAAGAUUCGCGUCUCAGUCUGUUGUGAGCUUUGCUGUACUCGGUAUUACAUAUCCCCAACCGAUGUCGAAAUCAAAAUGUGGUGUCAU